AGGCCAGGUGAGCGAACCAGGUUUUUAGUAUCUGAAAGCCGAGGAGGUAAGCGUCUGCUUUACUGCUUGGAGUCUGAGAGCGCUGAGAUGAGGAAGGUGGUUUUGGUCACUGGGGCGAGCAGUGGCAUUGGCCUUGCCCUUUGCAAGCGGUUGCUGGCUGAAGACAAUGAGAUUCACCUGUGUUUGGCAUGCAGGAACAUGGUCAAAGCAGAAGCUGUCCGGGCUGCACUUGUGGCCUCUCAGCGCACUGCAGAGGUCACCAUUGUGCAGGUGGAUGUCAGCAACCUGCAGUCAGUGUUCCGGGCUGCCAAGGAACUUAAGCAAAGGUUUCAAAGAUUAGAUUAUAUAUUUCUAAAUGCUGGGAUCAUGCCUAAUCCGAAGCUAAAUAUCAAAGCACUUUUUUCUGGCCUCUUUUCAAGAAAUGUGAUCCAUAUGUUCUGUACAGCUGAAGGACUGCUGACACAACAUGACAAGGUCACUGCAGAUGGGCUCCAUGAGGUGUUUGAAACCAAUGUCUUUGGCCACUUUAUUCUGAUUCGGGAACUGGAACCUCUCCUCUGUCACAGCGACAAUCCAUCUCGGCUCAUCUGGACAUCAUCUCGUAAUGCAAAAAAAUCUAAUUUCACCCUUGAGGACAUGCAGCACAGCAAAGGCCAGGAACCCUACAGUUCUUCCAAAUAUGCCACUGAUCUUCUGAGUGUGGCUUUGAACCGGAACUUCAACCAGCAGGGUCUCUACUCCAGUGUGGUGUGCCCAGGUACAGUAAUGACCAAUAUGACCUAUGGAAUUUUACCUCCCUUUGUGUGGACACUGCUUAUGCCAGUGAUAUGGCUGCUUCGCUUUUUUGCAAAUGCUUUCACUUUGACACCAUACAAUGGAACAGAAGCACUGGUAUGGCUUUUCCACCAAAAACCUGAGUCUCUGAAUCCUCUGACCAAAUAUCUAAGUGCUACCACAGGCCUGGGAAAUAAUUAUGUCACGAUGCAAAAGCUGGACAUAGAUGAAAACACUGCUGAAAAAUUUUACCAAUACUUACUGGAACUGGAAAAGCAUGUUAGGGUCACCACUCAAAAAUCAGAUCUCCAGAGCUGAUGUGACACCCUCAUGACCAUCAAGGAUCUGCAUUGGGAAGGUCCUAAGUCCAGCGGUGGAAACUGGAAAGCCUGUGCUGGAGGGGUGAAGGAUUUGUGCCACUAGGCUGAAGACCUGCACUGGAGCCAGGAAGUGACACUCAUGGCAAAGAUCAGAACAGCCCUGAUGAACAGCAGCCAUUCCUAGUGACACUUGAGGGAGGACCUGAGCUCCUCCUUUGAUGAGAGAUCAGCCGUUCGCUGCAGGAAAACCACGCAUUACAAACCUCCAAGAAAAUCAACAACAUACAGUCUUCCCUUCCAGUUCUCUAUGCCAUUGGCAAAAAUCAUUAGGUGGAUCUUCCAUGCCCAGGCCAUGCUGGUUCAGUUUUAUUGGGCAUUCCAAGUUGACUAAUAGUUAAUCCACCACAAUGGGUAAAAAUAGCAAUUAGAUAUUCUCUAGAAUGGGUGUCACACCAAAGUGACUAGUCCAAGAGAACACCUGUUUAUAUUGUUUUACCAACUGGACCCCAAGCUAGACUCUGUGAAAAAGGACAAAUUGAAUAUUGUGAUACAGGCACACUGUAGACCUCCUACAGCUCUGGCUCCAGCAAGAGGAUGAUCCAUUUUCUGAGUGACAGUCUUAGCAUUAUUCCUUUCCUUGUGAACAACAUUUUCCUUAGUUUUUUUUUUGUUGUUGUUUUUGUUUUGUUUUGUUUGCUUUGUUUUCUUCUUCCUGUGCCACAUCUAUGAUCCUAACAAGAUUGUUAGAAUCCAAACCAUCCUAAUAUAGAUGUCCAUGUACUUAAUCUCAGGAACAAAAAUAUAUGUGUUUGGAUUACUCAAAUUAUUUUUGUCACUUUAAAAUUAUCUUUUAUUGAUUUAGGGUUAGUUCAAGUGAACACCAUUCGCCCUUAACACCAUUUGAAGAUUUGUUAAUUAGUGAUCAACUUAUUUUCUUGAUCAUAUUUUAAUAGCUAUAAACUUGCAGCAAAACAUUAUGUACUCAAAUUAAGUUACAGUAAAAUUCUAAUUUAAGUACUGAUUGGAUAUUGGUACUGUGAAAAGUACACUACAGAAUAAUGGAAGAGAAUGGGUCAUUUAAUUUACAUGUGUCAGCUAAGCACAUGUAAAAACACACUCUUUAUGAAUCUUAAAAUGUUUACAUCCCAAGCCUCAUUUGCUAUGAAAUAAAAAGCUAAAAUACCUCAAUAAUUUUAACAUAAAACCAACAUAACAUUUGAAUAUGAUAAAGUCAGUAAAAGUUUGAAUGAAUAUAUAUAAAAGGGGAAAAUAGUAUAUGUUAUGGCUUGGGUAUAGAUGUCCUCCCAAAGCCUCAUGCAGUUAUAGGUGGUGCUUUUUUAGAGGUGCCUGAAUGCAGAGUGUGUGAUUGACUCAUGGUGCAGACAUAGGCCUGAGGGCACUAAGAUAAAGGGUGUGAUUGCUACCCUUUGGAAGUAGUCUGGAUAAAA